AUGAAUCAGCGUUUAAUAAAUGGAAAUGUAUAUGAAAAUGUUCGAAAAUUGAAUUAACAUGGUGCUGAAACUGAUAAUUUUAUUGCUAAUAUUAAAGGAAAUGAAAAUGAGGAAUUUGUGAUAAAAUAAUACAAAACAAUAAAUGAAGCUGAACUGUUAGCAAUUAAAGAGAUUAAAAGACUACAAAAUGAAUAAGAACCAAAAUGCUUAAAUAUAAUUAAAAUAAUAGAACUUUAGGAUAAUAGAAGAAUAAGUUAAGCUAAGGACAUUUUAGUAUAUGUUGUAUUAGAAAAGGGUAAAAAUAAUGUAGAAGAGUUGAUUAAAUCAAUAUCAUUUACUAUACUUUCAUAAUAAUAAAAAUUAAAUUAUUUUGCCUAAGUAAAUAAAUAUAUUAAAAUAGAUGUUAUAAGGGGUUAAAGAAUUGCAUGACAUAGGAUAUUUUCAUAGAGACUUAAAACCAGAAAACUUUGUCUAUUUUGAAAAUUCAAAUUAAGAAAUCUAAAUUAAAUUGAUAGAUUUUGGUUAAGUCAAGUCCAAUAAUGAUAAGCGUAAUACCCUUUAAAGGGGUACUUUUAAUUACAUGGCACCUGAAGUUGGAAAUGUAAAUGGAAAUACAAAUUAUGAUAAGACUGCUGAUAUUUGGAGUCUUGGAAUAAUUUGCUAUGAAAUGUUAACAAAAGCUGAUUUUUUAAAAGGUUUUGCAAUCUUAAAUAAUUUUAGAUACUAAAUCUAAAGAUUUCACUAGAUAAUUGAGCAAUUUAACUUAAGAAUUAGUAAAUGAGAGGAUUAAAAAUACCAAUAAUAUUGAUGAUUUUACAAAAAGUUUAUUAUUAUAGAUGUUAUAAAUAUAAGGAGAUAAAAGAGCUGAAUUAAAAAGUUUAAUUGACCAAAUCAUAUAAAAAGAAAAAGAAAAUUUUUAAUCUUAAAUUGAUAAACUGAAGAAAUUUUUUGAUUCAUUUGAAAAGAACAUUAAUAAAAAAAAUAAUAAAAUAAAUUUUUAUACUUAAGCUAAGUUUUAAAUUUUCAGGCUAAAGAAAAUUCAAGAUGAUAUAAGCGAUUACGAAAAAAUGAUUAAAAAUUUUGUAGACUUAUAAAAAUAAGAAAAUAUGAUUAAUUAAUAUUGGAAGUCCUAACAACUUAUUAAAUAUCAAUCGUUUAAUAAAAAGAUUAAGGAAUAUUAUAGAGAUCAGAAAAGACUAGAAAGUUCUAUUAAAUAAGCUGAUAACAUUAUUGUUUCUAUUGAUUAAGAUUUUUAUUAAUUUUACAAAGGUAAGAUAAAUAAACUAAUAAUGAGUUUAAAAGACAACUAGAAGAAAUUUGAAAAUCUAUCUGAUAAAUAUAAAGAAUAUUUUAAAAUAAACUAAAUAAUUACUAAAAUAGAAAUGCAUAUUAAAUAAUUAAAUGAUUUUAAUUAAUAAUUAGAUUAAGGAGAAAUUAAAAAUUAUCAAUAGUUAGAUCAAAUAAUGGAUUAAAUAAAUCGAGAUUAAUAAGAAUUUGAAAAAUUGCAUCAAAAUUGUAUUUAAAAAGUUUUAGUGGAUAGAAAUGUUGAAGUACUAAAUAAUAUAAGAAAAUAAAAAUUAACGAAUAUUGAAGGAUAAUUAGAAGUCUAUAAAGAUUAAAUGGAUAAGUUAAAAAUUUAGAUAAACAAUUUUAUUAACAAUCAAUAUUGUGAUAAUCAAUUUACUAAGGAUUUAAUAAAGAAUAAAUAAAUAAAAAUCGAUUAAAAUAUAAGUUAAUUUUAAGAAUAAUUUACAAAUUUUAAAGAAUUUAAUUAAUUUACAUUAGAAGAAAUUAAUAAUCAAAUAAAAUAGUUGGAAUAAUUUGAAGAGAAAUUAAAAAAAUAACUUGAAGAUGAAUAAGAACAAGCUAACUAAUUAUAAUAAUAAAUUUUUAAAAUAGGAGCUGACAUUAAAAGUAAUUAAGUAAAAGAAAUUAAAAAAUUAACAGAGGAAUUAUAAUAAAAAUAGAAGGAAUUUACAAAUGCACUUUAAUCAUUUAAUAUUGCUUAAGAAGAAAAUAUUCAAUAAAUAAAACAAAUAUAAGAGAAAAGAAAAGAUUUAUAUAAUCAAUUGCUAUAAGAAGUAGAUACUUUAUAGAACUAUUCAAAAGUCAAUUAAUCUAAUUAAGAAUUAUUUGGUGAGGUGUUAAAGGAAUUAAAAACUACAUAAGGUUCAGUGGAAGAUUUUGAAGAGAUGGUAAUAAAAUAACAAAAAUACAAUUAAGAGAAAACCAAGAAAUUAGAAUUUGUACUUAAAAAUGUAAAAAAUAAGCCAAGUGAAUUAUAAUUUAACAAUGGAGAUAAUAAUCUAAUUUAUUAAUAUGAACAAUUAAUUUAAAAAGAACAAUAAAUAUAAUAAGAAAUAAAUGACUUAAUUUCUUAAGAAUAAAAUUAACAAUUAAAUCCAGAAGUUUUUAAUCAAAUGAAAAAUAGAAUUGAAAAUUUAAAAUCUGAAAUAGAUAAUUAAAUUUAGUAAAUUCCUAAAGAUAAUGAAAUAAAAUAAUAAGUAAAAAAAGAAUUAGAAAAUUAUAAAAAAUUAUAUGUGCCAGUUAAUUAUAUAAUAUAGUAUCACUUAACAAGAUAUUGUGAGAGAAUCAAAGAAAAUGCAGAUAAAAUGAAAAAUAAAUAAUAAAAUGAAUAAAUGGCAGAAUAUACUCAGAAAGAGAAUGAAGCCUAAGAUUUAUUAAAGAUUUAUGAAAAUAUUUUAUUUGAUAAGUAAAAUAAGUAGAUUGAUGAAAUGGAAAGAGAUUAUAAGUAAAUCUAGGAGCAUAUUUAAGAUUAAGAAAAUUUUAUAAAAUAAAAAAAUAACGAAAUGCUGGAUGCUGCAUUAAAAGAUAUUUAAGAGAUUAUAAACGAAGAAUAUUAUUAUAAGAUUCCAGAGUUUACUUAAAUGCUAAUUUUUCAAAGAAUUUUUUAAAAAUGA